AUGCAUUCUGUAGUGAAUGUAAGUUGGAGGCAAGCAAUCUAUGUGUGGAUCUUGAGGUACAAUGAACGGCGUAUCGCGCAGAUCAACCAUCAGCAGGAAGAAGGCUUUCACAACAGCCGCACCAGUCGCCUAGCCAAGUGGCGAGAAGUCGCAGAAAGGGCUCGGAAAGAUUUGCAGCUACCUCCUGGAGCGCUGGAAACCUUGAAGCCAGGGAACAUUGUCCUAUUCCACACACCAAGUAGGACUUCCAGUGUGGAAACAGGUAUGAUCUUGUCAGUAUGGCGUGGAGUCAAGAUGCCAAAGCUGAUUUGUGGAGACACACCGAUCAACUCUGUUGUGGCUUUCCGAGCAGUGCAACUUCAGCUGGAAAGCGCAUCGGAGGAGCGUCUAGAAUCAACUAUAUGGCUACAAAAUAAAAGGUAUUCAUUGCUAACACUACAAAAUGAUAGGAAGAGAGUGUAUGAGUCUGUUUGGAUUUACAGUUGGCAUUCCUGGUCAUUCUUUAGAGUAUGGGUUUUCAGAGUGGCUGAUGUAGGAGGCUCUAGGACUUGCUGGCCAUGA